AUGCAGAUUGAUCGCAUCCCUCAUUUUCGCAUUCUUGUCAUGGGCAGAGCAAAUGCGGGUAAAACAACUAUUUUACAGCGGGUCUGUAACACUACGGAUCAGCCUGAGAUCUUCGAUGGAAACGGAGUGAAGGUAUGUCACUAUAUGAAAUUAAAUGGGGCUCACAUCAAACUUGUGCAGCGUGGUGUCCAUAUCAUUGAGGAUGAGCUGGUGUUUCAAAGUAACCAACAGUUUGUGUUCCAUGACUCGUGUGGAUUCGAGGCAGGGGAGGAGGCAGAGUUUGAUAAGAUGAAGAAAUUUGUCACAGAACAUGCCAAGGCCACCAAACUGGAGAAGAGAAUACAUGCAAUUUGGUAUUGCAUUCCUUUGAAUGAAAUGCAUAGGAUGGUCACAGCUGCUGAAAUGAAGUUCUUUAAUGAGUGUGAUUCAGGGCAUGUUCCUGUGAUUGUGCUACUAACAAAGGCAGACACUUUGAGUCUUGAUGCAUUUCAGGAGCUUAAGAAAAAGGGGUCAACUGUAGAUGAUGCAAGGAAAAGGGCUCCAGAAGUAGGAAAGGAGGUACAAAAGUGCUGCCUGGACAAGGUCAAGGAUUGGCUGGAUAAACUGGAGUUUCCACCUCAAAACUACCUGGUGCUUACCAGUAUGCAACAGAAGGGUGCAGAUUGUGAAGAGCUGUUGAAAUGCACAGCAAGUGCAUUGACAGAGGAAGGACUGCAAGGGCUGCUUAUAUCUUCACAGCAGUCAAACCUGGGACUGUGCAUGGAAUUUGCCAUAAUGAAGUGA